AUGGGCGACUACGACGGCGGCGGUGGCGGCCAGGCUCGCUCGGUCAUCCUGCUCGUCGGCUUGAGCUACUACUUGAUUCAUAAGGGAGAGCUCAUCCGGACCAUAUGGCUCUGUGGCUGUUUACUGGACUCCUUUCGCGCUCUAAGAACCAUACGAAGCAAUGGACGAGCCGUGGGACUCAUGACGAGAAGGAAAGCCAUGCGAGAGGCUUUGCGGGGCUGGAUAGUCUACAUCUUACUUGGGUAUUCGAUUCCUAUUGUCGAAAGACUUUUCUCCUGGAUACCUCUCUACGGGCCUCUCAGUACGACUCUCUCGUUGGCCUUGGUAUCAACUCGAUCAGCGACAUCCAACAUGAUGUACAAUUCUUUCAUUCGGGGAACAGUGAAAAAGUACGAAAAACCUGUAGAUCUCACGCUGUCCCUCAUAAGAUCGAUCUGGGGAUUGGCAGCUCUGUACUUGGUGGAAGAGCCAAUGAUGGCUGCAAGGGCAGUUUUGGGACCUCUGACCGGCUGGUCGAGUACCAAGGCUGAAAGUCGGCAUGUGGCUCAAGGAGACGUCAACGGCGAUACUGUCGGCAGUGACGGCCAGGCUCUCACUGGAAGAAUCGGCCAAAACUUACGAAUCAACGGUUCGACAUUUUCGCAUAGGACAACGGAUGGGCCUUCUGGUGGACACAGUGACUCUCUGGAGAGACAUGCUUUGGGCCCGCGCCCUGAGCAUUCUGCCACGCAGAAGUCUACUAUUUCUCAGCUCCCUCCCGAGUCUCUGAUUCUCCCCCCUAGUCCUGACGAUUUGCUCGAACCUACCCAUCAGGAUACCUCGGUCGGAACCAAGCUCUCUUCUGCUGUUGCCCCGGAUCUGGGUCCUGCUUCCGACGCUCACGAUCUGACGAAAAUUGCCGUUCGAAAGCAUCGACCGAUAUCUACACAGACGAGCACCAUUACCGGCGCAGAGGCACCGUCAGAGGCAAGAUUGACAGUACCAAUGACCAACUCUCAUGUGGAAAGAGGGUUAGCUUCCUCGUCAAGCACUCGAAAGCUCCCUCGUGUCCUCCCUAGAAACAUUGUGCGAGCCCGCACAGACUUGGCUCAAUCGGACGACAAGUCUGCUCGGAAUAUGAAGGCACUGCCAUUGAAUAGAAAACUGGAUCAUGUCACUCCCAAGGACAUCACUGUGGUCAACACGUCUCGGAAGACCAACACGUCCGGCGCACCUGUCAAUCGACCUCGCCAGUUGUCCCGUGUCGAUCAAUCGCGAAAUUCUCAUCCCGCUGAUCCUGCGACCAGCAACCUUGCACAUGUGUCACCGCGGAAGCGCGUUCGACCACGACAGGACAUAUACUCUGGUCUUGAGAGCAAGCGAAAGCGCGUGGAACCGGACGACGUGACCAAUUUUGCAGAGAAGAAGGCUUCGAGCAAAGGCAACGCGGCUGGGCAAACGGACCGAUUGAGUAAGCGUGUGACUGUGUACAAGGAUCCAUGA